GGACAGAUAAUGUACGUUUCUGGUAGAAUGUCCCACAUAAACGUGGUGAUUUUUUCACUUGUUUCCUGCGUACGCCCCCCCCUCCUCUUGUGCGCAUGCGCGGCUGCUCUAUAGCGUAAUAGUGUAAUAGGUGUGUAAACACUAUUCCGAAGGAGGAAACUUUAAGAUGGCCAGCAGUAAGGAGUUCACCAGUGACCAGUGCACCAGUGACCUGUUCACUCCAGCUUUCGUGGUGGACUUGGAUAUUGUGAGCAGAAACUCCAACACAAUGCUGGAGCGGUUCCUGCAGCUCGGAGUGCAGCUCAGACCGCACAUGAAAACACACAAGACCCUUGAAUGUGCGGACAUCAUGACCAGGGGCUCACGAAGGUGCAUCGUGGUUUCCACCCUGGCCGAGGCAUUCUUCUAUGCGGAUGGUGGUUAUGAUGAUAUCCUCUACGCAUAUCCUGUAACCUCUGACAAAGUAAAGCGCUGUGCAGAGUUAUCAGAGAGGCUUUCUUUAUUCCAUGUACUGGUGGACAACAGCUUGUCCCUGCAAGAGCUGAAGGCAAGUCCACUGAAGCAGGGCAAAGUCUGGCAUGUAUGGAUGAAACUGGACUGUGACAAUGGAAGAGCGGGUGUUCUUCACUCCGAUCCCGCUGCUCUGGAGUUAGCCAAGGAAAUUUCAGAGACCGACGGGGUGGAGCUUAUAGGAAUUUACGCCCACUGUGGAAACACCUAUGGCUGUAAGGGGGAGGUGCAAAUUAAGGCUGUUGCCCAAGAAACAACGACUAUCGUGUUGCAGUUUGUGGAGAAGCUAAAAGCCGCAGGAAUCCAUGAUGUGAAAUCUAGUAUUGGCUCCACUCCUUCAUGUAGCCAUCCAGUCCCAGACAUGGCUAUGUUAAGUGAGGUUCAUCCUGGAAAUUAUGUGUUUUAUGAUGUGCAGCAAUCACUCAUCGGCUCCUGUCGGCUUGAGGACAUUGCAGUGCGGGUGUUGACGAGGGUCAUAGGUCAUUAUCCACAUAGGAACCAGCUCCUGGUGGACUGCGGCUGGACCGCCUUGAGUCAGGAUGGUGGAGGUCGCUUGCCAACAGGCUACGCAAUCAUCGAGAGCCACCCAGAGCUUAAAUUGGUGUCAAUGACACAGGAACAUGGCAGAGUGGAGCCUGUGUCUGGAAAACUGGACUUCAGUAAGUUCCCUCUCGGCUCCAUGCUGUCCCUCAUGCCUUACCAUGCUUGUGCUACAGCUAUGAUGCAUCCGGUCUACACUGUCCAUUCCAAAGGAAAGGUUGUAGGUACUUGGACACCCACACGUGGAUGGUAGCCUCAAGAAGAAAAGAAGAAACCCAACACAGCAAGACUUUUAUUAGGAGAACUUAUUACUCAUCCCUGCUAUUAAAAUAGGGAGGAAUUGUUUAAUAAAUGUGUUCUGAACUUUAUUAAUAAUUGAGGUCUAAUAAUGAAACUAAUCACGUUCAUUAAUAAAAUCAACUUUCUAUAUCACCUAUGAGAUGGUAUAAGGCACAUGAGAUUGGUAGUAUUUCUUUGUAUUUGAAAUAAAAGAAUCAAAACAUUGA